AUGAUAUGGAAGCAGGAUCCCAAGCACGGGCACUGGUGGCUGGAGCUGGGCCCGGGCGUGGUGGUGGGCUACUGGCCGUCCGGCCUGUUCACCCACCUGGCGCACCACGCGAGGAUGGUGCAGUUCGGCGGCGAGGUCGUCAACACCCGGCCGCCGGGGUCCCACACGGCGACGCAGAUGGGCAGCGGCCACUUCCCCGGCGAGGGGUUCGACCGCGCCGCCUACUUCCGGAACCUGCAGGUGGUGGACUGGGACAACAGCAUCAUCCGGGCGUCCGGCCUCAAGCUCCUCGCCGACCACCCGGGCUGCUACGACAUCCAGGGAGGCUCCAACGGCCGCUGGGGCACAUACUUCUACUACGGAGGGCCAGGGAGGAACGUGAAAUGCCCCUGA